UAGAACGAAGGAGCUUCUUAUUUAAGGAACUCAAAGGUGCUGCAUAUCACAGAAUAGACUAUAACAAUCCAAAAGAAUAUUAUUAACAUGGAAAGAAUCUGCUUUCUGAUUUCUUUGGCAAUUGUACUGAUGUCAUAUAACUUGUCUUUCUUAACCAGACCAAUUGCAGGCGUAAAUGUUGAUCAAUCUGCUCUUCUUUCUUUAAAGGAGAAUAUCACUAUAGAUCCCAAACGAGUGAUAGCUAAAAAUUGGUCCAUCAAUGCCUCGGUAUGCAGCUGGAUUGGAGUCACCUGCAAUUUGCGCCAUCACAGAGUUGCAGAGUUGAAUCUUUCAAACAUGGGGUUAACAGGUAGCAUCCCUCCGCAGUUGGGAAACCUAUCCUUUCUAAUUUACCUUAAUCUUAGUAGCAAUCAUUUUCACGGCGAACUUCCGGAAGAGUUAGCUCACUUGCGCCGGUUAAAAUUCAUGGAUAUUAGUGUCAACGAUUUUUCUGGGGGGAUACCACCAAGUCUUGGUCUAUUACCAAAUCUUGAACAGUUGAUUAUUGCUAACAACUCUUUUGAAGGAGCCAUUCCAUCUUCACUCUGUAACCUGUCGAGGCUGGAGAUCCUAAACAUGAACUUCAAUUUUCUAGCAGAACAGAUUCCAUUAGAUAUUGGUAAUCUUGGUAGCCUGAAAAUUUUGAGAAUUAGAAGCAACCGAAUUUCUGGUUUUUUACCAAGAUCAAUAUUGCAGAUCUCUUCACUAGAAAUUAUGAGUCUUCAGGACAAUUUCUUGUACGGCAAUAUUCCAGAAGAAAUGUGCCAUAAUGUAACAAAACUCAGAUUUCUGUCGCUCGGAUCUAACAGCCUAAAUGGCCAAAUUCCAUUGGAUAUAUCAGAAUGCACAGAGCUUCAAGUAUUGGCCCUGUAUAGGAACAAAUUAAGAGGACACAUUCCAAGGGAAAUAGGGAAUCUGACUAUGCUCAAGGCGUUAUAUCUUCAAUCCAACAUUUUAGAAGGCUUUAUACCCCAGGAGCUUGGAUAUCUUUAUGGAUUGGAAGAACUAAAUUUGCAUGGUAAUAGCUUGAGGGGCUCUAUUCCAGACAUCCUCUUCAACAUCUCGAGUUUAAAAAAGUUAAGUCUCGUCAAUAAUUCCCUUUCAGGCUCUCUUCCAUCAAGUAUAGGCAAUAACAUGCCUAAUCUUGAAGUGCUCUAUCUUGACCUAAAUAACCUCACAGGAGUCUUCCCCAACUCUCUCUCAAAUUCUUCGAAGCUAUCGGAUCUAGACCUUUCUCAUAAUCAGUUUACUGGUCUUAUUCCCGAUAGUCUUGGUAACCUAAAAUUCCUCCAAUCUCUCUAUUUCCAUCAUAACAAUUUGGAAGCUGAUCAAGAGCUGAGCUUCAUCACUUCCUUGACCAGAUGUAGAUAUCUAAGACAAAUUUCAGUUGGUGUUAAUCCUCUUAAUGGCAUCCUUCCAGAAUCCAUUGGGAACAUCUCUAAUCUUAAUACCUUUGAGGCGAGUUAUUGUGAACUUAAGGGUGGCAUAGCAAAACAGAUAAGUAACUUGAGCAACUUGAUAGUAAUAAAUUUAUCUCACAAUGAUUUGAGUGGAUUUAUUCCGUAUGAAUUCAAUGGUUUGCAGCAGUUGCAGGGAUUAUAUUGUCAGUUCAACAACAUAGGAGGAAUAAUUCCAACGAGUCUUUGUCAUUUGCCAAACUUGUUUGAAGUGUCCUUGAUCCGUAACCAAAUUCUUGGAGCAUUGCCUGAAUGCUUAGGCAAUGUUACUUCUCUAAGAUAUCUUUUUCUUGGUUUCAACAAAUUAACAUCUAGCAUACCUGCAAGCCUUUGGAAUCUUAAGUAUAUCCUGUAUUUCAACCUGACCUCAAACCUCUUGACUGGAUCCCUACCGCCUGAAGUUGCAAAAUUGCAGGCUGCGAUUGCAAUAGAUCUAUCGAAGAAUCAGUUCUCAGGCUAUAUCCCAAGUACAAUAACUGAGUUGCCAAACUUGGUCGGUCUGUCCUUGGCUGAUAAUAAAUUUGAAGGAAUUAUUCCAGACUCAAUGGGGAAAUUGAUUAGUUUAGAACUUCUGGAUCUAUCCAACAACAGUCUCACCGGCAUGAUCCCAAGGUCCCUCGAGGCCCUUCAAAAUCUAAUGUAUUUCAACAUAUCGUUCAAUAAAUUAAGUGGAGAAAUUCCAAGUGGAGGACCCUUUGAGAAUUUUACUUACCUUUCUUUUAUGUCAAAUGAAGCCAUUUGUGGUAAACCUAAAUUCCAUGUCCCACCUUGUCAAGGUAGUUCUUCGCACAGAUCAAAGAAUAAGAAAGUGCUGAUAGCCGUACUUAUUCCAAUAACAACUGCAUUGGCAGCAGUCACCUUGGUCAUGAUACUUCUGUGGUUGAGAUACCGGAGAAGACAAAUUCAAGCUCAAGCUGAUUCAAUACCUGAUAAAAUGCUUCAAAGAAUUUCAUUCUAUCAACUUCAACAAGCAACUGAUGGGUUUAAUGAUAGAAACUUGCUUGGCAGAGGAAGUUUUGGAUCAGUUUUCGAAGGGUCAUUUACUGAUGGGACAACUGUUGCCAUAAAAGUGUUUCAUUUGCAAUUGGAAGGUGCAUUCAAGAGUUUCGAAAUAGAGUGUGAAGUGUUAAAAAAUCUUCGUCACCGGAAUCUCACCAAAGUUAUAAGCAGCUGUUCCAACCCUGAUUUUAAGGCCUUAAUCCUUGAGUACAUGCCUAAUGGGAGCCUAGAAGAGUGGUUGCAUUCUGAUGGUCAUUCCUUGGAUAUUAUUCAGAGAUUGAACAUUAUGACAGAUGUAGCACAUGCAAUUGAGUAUCUCCACCACAGUUACACAACUCCGGUGGUUCACUGCGACUUGAAGCCUAGCAAUGUCUUGCUAGAUCAAGAUCUGGUUGGACAUGUGAGCGAUUUUGGCAUUGCGAAACUGUUAGGAGAGGAAGAAACUAUUAGGCAUACCACGACCCUAGCUACAAUCGGUUAUAUGGCACCAGAAUAUGGAGUGGAAGGAAUAGUUACAAUGAGGUGUGAUGUUUAUAGUUACGGCAUUAUGUUGAUGGAAACUUUUACAAGUAGGCGGCCCACUGAUGAAAUGUUUUCAGAAGGGUUAAGCCUGAGGAAUUGGAUUACUAAUUCAGUUCCUCAUGCCAUAGAUCAGGUUGUAGAUACCAACUUACUAAGUGCAGAACGAGAAAACAUAAGCGAAAAAUUGAAGUGUAUAUCAUCCAUUAUGAAUAUGGCUGUAAAUUGCUCGGCAGAAUCUCCUGAAAACAGGCCAAGCAUGAGAGAUGUUGUCGCAUCACUGGCGAAGAUUAAAGUCCGGCUCCUUAAUUAUUGAGGUUACCUAAGAUAUCAUGAAGUUGAAGCUUUUGUCUGAAUUACUCCAACCUCAGAAAUGGCAAGUUCAGUUCCCUGGAUCAAGAAGGGAAAAGGAGCUUAUGUUGCAAAAAUCAUUUUCCACAAGGACAAGCAAUUAGAGAAUUGGCUUGAAAUGAAUGCCAUGCUCUUUAAUUAGGAUAUUUCGGUUGUAGAUUCAAUCUUAGACAAUUAUUGUGUAAAAGCAAGUAAAUUAAUCCUUAUCGGUUAGUCUAAUU